CCGGCCGCUGGUGCUGUGACAGUAACGCUCUCUGCCUGUUGGCAGCACGGAGGCAUCUACGUCAAGAGGAGCGCGAGGUUCAGGGAGGAGGAGAUGCGCCAGAAGCUGCUGAGCUACGUGAGCGCCGGGACCCCGAUGUACCUGGUGAUUUUCCCGGAGGGGACGCGGUACAACCCCGAGCUGACGAAGGUCAUUUCCUCCAGUCAGAUAUUCGCUGCUCAGGAAGGCCUGCCCGUGUUGAAGCACGUGCUGACGCCGCGCGUGAAGGCCACCCACAUCGCCUUCGAUUCCAUGAAGAACUACCUAGAUGCCAUCUACGACGUCACCGUGGCCUUCGAAGGGACCGUGGACGACAAGGGGCAGCGGAAAGAGGCGCCGUCCAUGGUCGGUGAGUCUGUAGUCAGUCCCGUGUCCUAUGUUUCUCCAGGAUUCCACGUUCGUCUGUGACGGCGUGGAUGCCAG